CCGGUGGCGUGGGUUUCCCUUGUCAAAGUGGAAACUGUUUCUGCUGUUUAAACUACAAAAUAGUGGAUUGCUGGUAAUUUAGGUCAAAAUGACGGAGCGGAAAGGAACAGCGAAGUUGGACUUUCUGAGGAAGAUUGAGCUUGAAAUCCAGGAGAAAUGGGAGAAGGAGAAAGCAUUUGAGCAUGAUGCCCCCACAACAAUUGGGGAAAGCACAAACAAAAAUAAGUACUUUGUCACCUUCCCCUACCCAUAUAUGAAUGGUCGAUUGCACCUUGGCCAUACAUUCAGCUUGUCAAAGUGUGAGUUUGGCAUUGGUUAUCAGUCUCUGCGAGGCAAGAAGUGCCUCUUCCCCUUUGGGCUGCACUGCACAGGAAUGCCAAUCAAAGCCUGUGCAGACAAGCUGAAGAGAGAGAUGGAGCUCUAUGGAAACCCUCCACAGUUUCCAGACGAGGAGGAAGAAGAGAAGGAGAAGCCAAAGACAUCUGAUGAAAUCAUCAUCAAGGACAAAGCAAAGGGCAAGAAGAGUAAAGCAAUGGCCAAAGCUGGAUCCUCCACUUUCCAGUGGGACAUUAUGAGGUCUUUGGGCCUAAAUGACAAGGAGAUUGCCAGCUUUGCCAAUGCUGAACACUGGCUGGAAUACUUCCCUCCUCUGGCUGUUAAAGACCUCAAACAGAUGGGUGUAAAGGUGGACUGGAGGCGUUCAUUCAUCACCACAGAUGUGAACCCCUUCUACGACUCCUUUGUCAGGUGGCAGUUUGUCACACUGAAGGAGAGAAAAAAGAUCAAGUUUGGCAAAAGGUAUACCAUCUACUCCCCCAAGGAUGGGCAGCCAUGCAUGGACCAUGACAGGCAGACAGGAGAGGGAGUUGGACCUCAGGAGUACACGCUCAUCAAGAUGAAGAUAAUUGAGCCGUACACAGCAAAAUUCAAAUCUAAAGUCUUUUACAGCAGCGGCAUGAAAGGUAAAAACAUCUUCCUGGUGGCUGCCACUCUGAGACCAGAGACCAUGUUCGGUCAGACCAACUGCUGGGUGAGGCCCGACAUGAAGUAUGUCGCCUUUGAGACAACGAGUGGAGACAUCUUCAUCUGCACCAAUCGGUCUGCUAGGAACAUGUCUUACCAGGGAUUCACCAAAGAGAAUGGAGUGGUGCCAGUGAUCAUGGAAAUACUGGGACAGGAUAUCCUUGGCAGUGCCCUGAGUGCUCCUCUGACGUCCUAUAAGGUUAUCUACGCUCUGCCCAUGCUCACCAUCAAGGAGGACAAAGGUACUGGAGUAGUUACCAGUGUUCCUUCUGACGCUCCUGAUGACAUCGCCGCUCUCAGGGACAUCAAGAAAAAGCAGGCUCUGCGAGAGAAGUAUGGUAUUGAGGACAAGAUGGUGUUGCCUUUUGAGCCGGUCCCUAUCAUAGAGAUCCCAGGCUACGGGAACCUGUCGGCUCCUCUGGUGUGUGAUGAGCUGAAAAUCCAGAGCCAGAAUGACAAAGAGAAGCUGGCUGAGGCCAAGGAGAAAGUCUACCUGAAAGGAUUUUAUGAAGGGAUCAUGCUGGUUGAUGGUUACAAGGGGCAGAAGGUCCAGGAUGUCAAGAAGCCCAUCCAGAAGAUGAUGGUGGAGAAGGGUGAGGCCAUGAUGUACAUGGAGCCAGAAAAACAGGUGAUGUCGCGUUCAGCUGAUGAGUGUGUUGUGGCUCUCUGUGACCAGUGGUAUUUGGACUAUGGGGAUGCUGAGUGGAAGCAGCAGGCCAAUGAAGCGCUCAAGUCUUUGGAAACAUUUUGUGAAGAGACCAGGAGAAACUUUGAGGCAACUUUGGCCUGGCUGCAGGAGCAUGCCUGCUCUCGUACCUACGGACUUGGAACGCGGCUGCCUUGGGAUGAGCAGUGGCUGAUUGAGUCUCUAUCGGACUCUACCAUCUACAUGGCUUACUACACUGUAGCCCACCUUCUCCAGGGAGGUGUGCUCAAUGGACAGGGAGCCUCACCACUGGGCAUCAAGCCAGAGCAGAUGACCAGAGAGGUGUGGGACUUCAUCUUCUUUAAGACGUCUCCUUUCCCCAAGACGGACAUCCCUAAAGAGCAUCUACAGAAGCUGAGGAGGGAGUUUGAGUACUGGUACCCCGUCGACGUCCGCGUGUCUGGCAAAGACCUGGUUCCCAACCACCUGUCGUACUACUUGUACAACCAUGUGGCGAUGUGGCCCAAAGACAACGGGAAGUGGCCACAAGCAGUGCGAGCCAAUGGACAUCUGCUCCUUAACUCUGAAAAGAUGUCCAAAUCAACUGGAAACUUCCUCACUCUCACCCAAGCCAUUGACAAGUUCUCAGCAGAUGGUAUGCGUCUGGCUCUUGCCGAUGCCGGCGAUACAGUGGAAGACGCCAACUUCGUAGAAACCAUGGCAGAUGCAGGCAUCCUGCGUCUCUACACCUGGGUGGAGUGGGUGAAGGAGAUGAUCGCCAACCAGAACAACCUGAGGACAGGACCUGCUGACACCUUCAACGACCGGGUCUUUGCCAGUGAGAUGAAUGCAGGCAUCUUAAAGACAGAGCAGCACUACGACAGGAUGAUGUACAAGGAGGCUCUAAAGAGUGGAUUCUUCGAGUUCCAGGCAGCCAAAGAUAAGUACCGUGAGCUGGCUAUCGAGGGCAUGCACAGAGACCUUGUCUUCCAGUUCAUAGAGAGACAAACCCUGCUGCUGGCCCCUAUCUGCCCGCACCUUUGUGAAUACACAUGGGGUCUGCUGGGCAAGACCGGUUCUCUGAUGAAGGCAUCGUGGCCUGUGGCGGGUCCAGUUGACGAGAUUCUGAUCCGUUCUUCUCAGUACUUGAUGGAGACCGCACACGACCUCCGACUGCGAUUCAAAGCUUACAUGCUUCCCCCAAAGAACAAGAAAGGUGACUCAAAGCCCCCAGCCAAGCCCUCCCACUGCACCAUCUACGUAGCCAAGAGCUACCCUCCGUGGCAGCACAGUGCCUUAUCCCUGCUCGGCAAGCACUACAAGAACAACAACGGGGCCCUUCCAGACAACAAAGUGAUAGCAAGCGAGUUGGGGGCCCUGCCUGAACUGAAGAAAUACAUGAAGCGAGUCAUGCCUUUUGUAGCCAUGAUCAAGGAGAACCUGGAGAAGAACGGGCCCAGGGUUUUGGAUCUGGAGCUGGAGUUUGAUGAGAGGACAGUUCUGACGGAGAACUUGGUCUACUUAACCAAUUCUCUGGAGUUGGAGCAGAUAGAUGUCUUGUUUGCAUCUGAGGCUGACGACAAAGUGAAGGAGGACUGUUGCCCAGGGAAACCGUUCAGUGUUUUCAGAUCAGAGCCUGGAGUGUGUGUGUCUCUGCUCAACCCUCAGCCAUGCAACGGCAUGUUUUCUACAAAGGUUGACAUCCGGCAGGGGGACAGCAGGGACAGCAUCAUCCGUAGACUAGCCAAGGUCAACAGACUCAUCAAAGACCUGUCUAGAGUGAAGCUGAUGAGGUAUGAGGACCCCAUGCUGGGGCCUCGCCGGGUGCCCGUCCUGGGACAGGAGGAACAGGGCAAACUGCCCAUCUCCAACAAAUCUGUGUUCAACAUCAAUCUGGAGGAGAAGAGAGUCACUCUGGCUGACAACGGCCUCACUGUGGACAUCGGGGACACUCUGGUUUAUCUGGUUCAUUAGAGUAACAUUCACUCUCUCUCUCUCUCUCUCUCUCUCUUCAC